AUGCGCACGGCCGCAACAAUGCGGCCCCAGGUGGCCCCGACCGACGCCCUCACUGCGUACGAGCGGAGGAGGGAGGAGAAGAUCCGCGCGAACAUGAGUCGGAUGAGCUCGCUGGGGGUGCAGGCGGCCGCAGCGGGGGUGCGCGACGCGGGCGAAGGCAAGGGGCGCAAAACGGGCGCGAAACGGCCCGCCGAGGACGCGCCCGCGGACGGCCCUCCGCGUCGAAGCUCCCGCGUCAAGGCCCCGACGUCCUACAAGGAGCAGACGGACGACGAGUUCUUUGCGGCGGCCGCGGCGGCAGCGGCCGAGCAAGGCACCGGCGCGGUCGCGGCCGUGGCCAUCGACCGGUACGCGCCCGGGGCCGCGGAAAAGGCCCUCCCGCCGAUCCCCGCGGACGACUCCUGCGCCGUGCCGCGCGACUCCGAGGGCCGGCUCGUCUUCAAGGACCACCCGGAGUUCCGUCCCAACCUGACGCCGCAACAGUGCAUUCGCGCGGGCGUGUUCGGGGGCAUCUACUUCCACCCGCGCGGCGGACGGCCGGGGAUCCUCGGGCACUCCGUGGACGUGACGCACGAGGAGUUUCCGCGGGAGUGGUUCCAGGACGCGCAGGGAAAGCCUCUCCCGGAGUCGUCGUACCGCAACCGGCGGUAUGAGGCGUCGAACAACCGGUACGGCGUCAAGGCCGGGCAGGACCAGGCGUUCUGGGAAGACAAGGGCUGGAUCCAUCCGCAGGACCCGCGCGGGUGGUUCCAGUGGUACUGCAGGUUCUACCAGGGCCGUCGCACGGAGGACGACGAGCGGCAAAUCGGGCGGUGGGCCGGCGUGGCCGGCGACAAGGGCCGCUGGCGGCGCAACCUGGUGGGCAAGAUCGUGCGCGCGAACAAGCCGUUCGACGACGCGUCCGUGUCGCCCGUGGUGCGCCAGACGCUGCUGCACUGGGCGUACGACCUGACGGCAAACGACUUCGUCGCCAUGGCCAAGCCGAUGGUGUCGAACGCGGAGGAGCUGGCGCAGGCGGCGCGGAAACGGCAAGAGGAGCGCGAGGGAGGGGCGGACUAG